CCAAAACAUCACAGACAGCUGACAUCUCAAGGACAAGAUAUCUUCAUCUCUGAUUAAGAAUUACAGUGUGACCUCAAAGCCGAGCUUGACCCAAUGUGACCUCUAAAGAUGGAAAAAUUUCAUAACAAUUAUAAUCCUGAACUGAAAAUAGGUGGAAUCUGUAUCGCUCAGUCGCUGAAGAUCCCUCAUGACCACAAACCCUCCGACUUCGAUAAAAUCAUCCGUCUGCUGCUGGACACUCGCUACGCCAGAGCGGUCAUCCUGUUCGCCUCCGAUGAGGACAUCAGGGGGAUCCUGAAUGCCUCGAAGCGAGCGGACCAGCUCGGACACUUCCUGUGGAUCGGCUCCGACAGCUGGGGAGCCAAAAACAGUCCCAUCCACCAGCUGGAGGACGCUGCUAUCGGAGCCGUCACCAUCCUGCCAAAGAGAGCCACCAUCAGCGGGUUCGAUGCGUACUUCACAUCUCGAACUCUGGAGAACAACCGCAGGAACGUGUGGUUUGCUGAGUACUGGGAGGAGAACUUCAACUGCAAACUGAUGAGCUCCUCCAAGAAAGACGAGAGCAGCAGGAAGUGCACAGGUCAGGAGCGAAUCGGCAUUGACUCUAAGUACGAGCAGGAGGGGAAGGUCCAGUUUGUGAUCGACGCCGUGUACGCCAUGGCCCACGCGCUCCACAACAUGCAGAGGGACAUGUGUCCAGAGAACUCCGGCAUCUGCCCGGAGAUGGACCUGGCCGGAGGGAAGAAACUGCUCAAGUACAUCCGCAGCGUCAGCUUCAACGGAAGUGCCGGUACUUCAGUGACGUUCAACCGUAACGGCGACGCCCCCGGACGCUACGACCUGUUUCAGUAUCAGCUGAACAACGUGAGCGGCGCCGGCUACCGCAUGAUCGGACAGUGGACGGAGUCCCUGCAGCUCAACAUCGAGGACAUGCAGUGGCCUCGGGGGGAGCAGGACAUCCCCAGCUCCGUGUGCAGCCUUCCCUGUAAAACCGGCGAGAGGAAGAAGGUGGUGAAGGGGAUGCCGUGCUGCUGGCACUGCGAGCCCUGCGACGGCUACCAGUACCAACACGACGAGUUCACCUGCAAGCUGUGCUCCUACAACAUGAGGCCCAACGCCAACCGCACGUCCUGCCAGCCCAUUCCCAUCAUCAAGCUGGAGUGGCACUCUCCGUGGGCGGUGAUCCCGGUUUUCCUCGCCAUGCUCGGGAUCAUCGCCACGAUCUUCGUCAUGGCGACGUUCAUCCGGUACAACGACACGCCGAUUGUGCGAGCGUCCGGCCGCGAGCUGAGUUACGUCCUCCUGACUGGGAUUUUCCUUUGUUACAUCAUCACGUUCCUCAUGAUAGCGAAGCCGGACGUGGGCGUGUGCUCGUUCAGGCGGAUCUUUCUGGGUCUGGGUAUGUGCAUCAGCUACGCCGCCCUCCUCACCAAAACCAACCGCAUCUACCGGAUCUUUGAGCAGGGCAAGAAGUCUGUGACGGCGCCCCGGCUGAUCAGCCCCACCUCGCAGCUGGCCAUCACCUCCAGCCUCAUCUCGGUGCAGCUGCUGGGGGUGCUGAUCUGGUUCGGGGUGGAUCCGCCCAACACCAUCAUAGACUACGACGAGCAGAAGACCAUCAACCCGGAUCUAGCGCGAGGCGUGUUGAAAUGCGACAUCACGGAUCUGCAGAUCAUCUGUUCGCUGGGUUACAGUAUCUUACUGAUGGUGACGUGUACUGUUUACGCCAUAAAGACCCGCGGGGUGCCGGAGAAUUUUAACGAGGCCAAACCCAUCGGCUUCACCAUGUACACCACCUGCAUCGUCUGGCUGGCGUUCAUACCCAUCUUCUUCGGCACGGCGCAGUCUGCAGAAAAGCUGUACAUCCAGACCACCACACUGACCAUCUCCAUGAACCUGAGCGCCUCCGUGGCCCUCGGGAUGCUCUACAUGCCCAAAGUCUACGUCAUCAUCUUCCACCCGGAGCUCAACGUGCAGAAGAGGAAACGCUCCUUCAAAGCGGUGGUCACGGCCGCCACCAUGUCGUCUCGACUGUCCCACAAAGCCAGCGACAGACCCAACGGAGAGGCCAAGACGGAGCUGUGUGAGAACGUCGACCCCAACAGUCCGGCAGAAAAGAAGAAAUUUGUGAGCUACAACGACCUUGUGAUCUAAAGGCAUCCGUCCAACCCGCAAAGAGAGAGACUGAGAAAAGGAAAAAAAAAGAGGAGUGAUGGUUGGAGAUGUGCUGCCCUCCUGGAUAAAAACAAGAAAAGGCAGAAAAAAAGAAGAAGAAGAAGAAGAAGAAGAAAAGAGGAAACGGGGUUUUUCAUUUUUUUAUUUUUUGGUCUCAUGAGCUUCAUUGCCCAACCACAGACUUUCAGACGCAGCAGCAGCAGCAGCAGCAGCAGCCUGCUGCAGCAAAGCAUUGUGGGACUUUGAACAAAGAAUUUGGGCACAAAUCAGUCGGUCAGAGAGAAGCACGAAAGCACAGAGACAAGGUUAAAAAAAAAAAUGUCGGGAAAGUUGUUCAGAAGAUAAAAAAAUAAAUAAAACAAAGAGUCUUUUUGUC